AGUUUCAGUAGGGUAGAGGCUGAGCCUUUGAGNGAAGGGGAACCAUGGAAAAAAUGCCUACAGUGGGCUUGGGCACCUGGAAGGCCUCUCCAGGAGAAGUGACCGAUGCGGUCAAGGUGGCUAUCAACCUGGGCUACCGGCACUUUGAUUGUGCUUACUUAUACCACAAUGAGAGCGAGGUCGGAAUGGGAAUCAAUGAGAAGAUCAGGGAGGGCGUGGUGAAGAGAGAGGAUCUCUUUGUAGUCAGCAAGCUGUGGUGUACCUAUCACAAGAAGUCUUUGGUGAAAACAGCGUGCACCAAUACCCUGGCAGCCCUAAACUUGGAUUACCUGGACCUCUACCUCAUACACUGGCCCAUGGGUUUCAAGCCUGGGAAAAAAGAUAUCCCUUUGGAUCGCAAUGGCAAGGUCAUACCCAGUCACACCAGCUUCCUCGACACUUGGGAGGCCAUGGAGGACCUGGUGUUUGAGGGUCUGGUGAAGAAUAUCGGGGUGUCCAACUUUAACCAUGAACAGCUUGAGAGGCUUUUGGAUAAGCCUGGUUUGAGAGUCAGGCCCAUAACUAACCAGAUUGAAUGCCACCCCUAUCUUAAUCAAAAGAACCUGAUUGAUUUUUGUCAUAAAAGAAAUGUGUCUGUGACCGCUUACCGUCCCCUCGGUGGCUCAGGAGGUGGGGUUCACUUGAUGGAUGAUAUUGUCAUUCGAAAGAUUGCAAAGAAGCAUGGGAAAUCUCCUGCUCAGAUUUUGAUUCGAUUUCAGAUCCAAAGGAAGUUGAUAGUGAUUCCCAAAUCUGUCACCCCAAGUCGGAUUAGAGAGAACAUCCAGGUAUUUGAUUUUGAAUUAACUGAAAAAGAUAUGGAGGAACUCCUCAGCCUGGACAAGAACCUCCGUUUGGCCACAUUCCCCACAACUGAAAAUCACCAAGACUAUCCUUUCCACAUAGAGUACUGAAAACGGCUUCACUCGCCAUCAUUUCUGCUCAGCAGAAUCAGAUCACCAAGCUCUGAUCCACCUCUGUAAGGCUGUAUGGUCCCUGUGUGACCACAGCACCAGACACAGACACAGCCAAGAAUGACAACAGAGUCGGAAAAAGGAAAUCCUGCCUAGAACAGGACCAGUUCAGACAAAAAUAAAGACCUAGGGAUGAGAAAGGGAAGAACCAAGGGGGCUGUGGCUGCUUCCAAGUUGUUAGGGUUAGACAACUGAGCACAAAGAAUAUUAUAAUUGAUGUCAGUUAGUCCUAGCCUUUCUGGCUUCUAUUUUCGGAAAUGAAAUGCUAAUUGCUCGCGAAUUAAAAUUACCUUCACAUCUUAA